UUCAUUUCAGAAGUCUGGUCACCUUUCGUUCAAUGCACUUUUGUGAUUUUAGACAGCAGCGCGCGAACAGGACUUUUAUUUUGGUCUGACGAUAUGACAUCAUAAGUCUGCGCCGCGCUCCUGCAUCAGUUUGGGAAUCUACUCUAGAAAGGUUUUGUGUUUUUUCCCGCAUUUAAAUUGUUUAAAUCGAUGCAAACUGCUCUGUUUAUUUUACAACUUUUAUAAUAACUGUAAAGUAAUCCUUAUCAUUGAAUAAAACAGUGUAAUGCGUUAUUUAACUUUAAUAAACGUUAUUUUUUUCUGAGGAAAGCGCAUCUGAAAAACGUGGUGCGUCUCAUUUCGCGCUCUAUAUCGUGAAUCACUUCAUCGUGAAGAGAAACGGUGCUUUUUGAAACAAACUCCGAGUCAACUGAAGCGAAAGUGAUUCACUUGAAGCUCGAGUGAGGACACACUCUGGUCAAAACAGUGACAAAGUGUUCAAACACUGAGAAAAACUCCUGGUGAAGCAGCUGAGAUCCACGUGACACACAAUUAUAAAGAUGGCGUUUAUUAAAGAGGAGAGUGAAGAUAUAAAGAUUGAAGAAGUAUUCAGUCUGAAACAAGAAGAUACUGAGGAACAAACAGACCUGAUGGUGCUGAAAAAGGAGAGUGAAGUACUAGAUGAAAUGCAAGAUGAAGAUCAGUAUAAGAAAGAGCAUGAUUUCAUAACUGGACAAAAAUCAAUUAGUUGCUCUCAGACAGAAAAGACUGGAAGUAGAGAUCAUUACACCUGCCAGCACUGUGGAAAGACUUUCAAUCAACAUGGAAACCUUAAAGUCCACCUGAGGAUUCACACUGGAGAGAAGCCUUAUACAUGUCAACAAUGUGGAAAGAGUUUCGAUCAACAAGCAAACCUUAAAGUCCAUUUAAGGAUUCACACUGGAGAGAAGCCUUAUACAUGUCAACAAUGUGGAAAACAUUUCAAUGAACAUGGAAACCUUAAAGUCCACAUGAGGAUUCACACUGGAGAGAAGCCUUUCACCUGCCAACAGUGUGGAAAAUGUUUCACUAAAAAAGGAACCCUCAAAAGCCACAUGAAUGUCCACACAGGCGAGAAGCCUUACACAUGCCCCCUGUGUGGAAACCGUUUCAGUCAACAAGGAAGCAUUAACAGGCACAUGAAAACUCACACCGGAGAGAAGCCGUACAUCUGCAAACUGUGUGGAAGGAGCUUUACAACAAAACCAAAUCUUAGGUAUCACAUGAACAGUCACACUGGUGAGAAGCCAUUUACAUGUGAUCAUUGUGGAAAGAAUUUCAGACAUAAAGGAACCAUUAAAAAGCACAUGAUGAUUCACUCAAGAGCUCCCUCUCUCAGUUAUAUAUGUCAUCAGUGUGGGCUGAGUUUUCCAGACAGUAAUCACCUUAAAAGUCAUGUCAAAUCUCACACUGGAGAGAAGCCUUUCAUGUGCAAUGACUGUGGAAAGACUUGCUCAAACAAGACAAACCUAAAGAUUCACAUGAGAAUUCACACUGGAGAGAAGGCUUUCACCUGCCCUCAGUGUGGAAAGAGUUUCAGAUUUAGAGGAAACCUUCGGAAUCACAUAAAAAUUCACAGUGGUGAAAAGCCUUACACCUGCCCUCAGUGUGGAAAGAGUUUCACACUUAAAGGAAACCUUAACAUUCACAUGAGGCUUCACACUGGAGAGAGACAUUUCACAUGUCUUGAGUGUGACAUGAGUUUCACAUAUCAUAGAAACUUGAAAGAUCAUAUGCAAACUCAUUCGGGCCAGACAUUGACACGUUCUUCAGUGUGACAAGUUUUGAAAAAGGAGCAAUUUUAAAAAAUCACCUGCACAUUCACUCUGGAAGAAGGUGCCAUAAUGUGUAAUAAUUUUGCCAUCACACUAAUACACCUGGAAAAGUCAUGUAUGUGUGAGACCCUGUUUGUGUUCUU